AUGGAUUAUUCGCGAUACUACGAUCCGUUCACAGACAGCGCGAGAUCCUCGUUAGUGGGCAGAGCAUCAUAUCCUUCUAGCCGCGCAUCGCUCAACAACGUCCCUACAAUCGCUACGGCCACUGGUACCUUUUUGACUCCUUCGGCAUCCACUACAAACCUAGUGAAGGACCUAGGGACAGAAGAGAAAGUCUUUCUAAUAGACGAUCGCCUGGGGGCGCCGUUCGAAGAGAACGAUGGGUCAGCCUGGCCCCUUUGGGGUGACGAAGCAGAGGACGACGAUGCGUUGCAUCUGCCCCACCCCGAUGACGACAAGCUGUUCAAGGUAAAUUGGAAGCAACGCUUCUCACGCGACCAGAUUGUGUCCACAACAGGUGUCAUUUUCAUGAUCCUUGGAUUAUUCAUGGUUUUCAUUGGCCUCCCUAUCCUAACAUACACGGGUAUCAUAGAUUAUGUAUCUGGAUACGAAACAUCUCUGAACGAACUGACAGCCGUCCAUCCACGUAAGGAAGAUUGGGCUUGGGUCAACGAUAAAGAUUAUCCGCUUUUGUGGGGCGUGCGACGCGGACUCAUUGACCCUGACACGCCCGAACACGCCAGGCGAAAACUGGGCGAGUUUUACGAUGAGUACGAACUUGUGUUCAGUGAUGAAUUCAACGUCAACAAUCGCACGUUCUACGAAGGUGAUGACCCAUUCUUUUUCGCUCCAGACAUCUGGUAUGGUGCAACACAGGAUCUCGAAUGGUACGACCCUGACGCAGUCACGACUUGGGAUGGCGUUCUGGAAAUUCGAAUGGACAAGUUCAAAAACCAUGGGCUUGAAUUCCGCUCUGGCAUGCUGAACAGCUGGAACCAUCUCUGUUUCAAAGGAGGCAUCUUUGAAGUCUCCAUGUCACUACCUGGUCCAGCAGGCGUACACGGUCUCUGGCCCGGCGUCUGGACGCUAGGAAAUCUGGGUAAGCCGGGAUUUACAGCGACCACAGACGGGACGUGGCCAUACACCUACCAAGCUUGCGAUGCCGGUAUCACUCCCAACCAAUCUGAUUCAAGCGGCCUCUCAUGGCUUCCUGGCCAGAGACUGCCAUCGUGCACGUGUCCCGGUGAAGACCAUCCAUCGCCAGGCAUAGGUCGGGGCGCGCCUGAGAUUGACAUCGCGGAAAUGAGCGUUAGUUACGCAGAAGGGAAGCUACCCGUUGCCACUCAAAGCUACCAAGUCGCACCAUUCGACGUGUGGUACUAUCCCGAUUAUGAGUUCACGAGGUUUCCCGACCAGCGCUUGAGCUACACCAAUCUCUACACAGGUGGUCCCUUUCAGCAAGCUAUCUCCGCAACCACGAGCCUAAAUCGUAACUGGUAUGACGGCAAGGCAUAUCAACGGUUUUCAUUCGAGUACGUUCCUGGUGACCAAGAAGGCUCGCACAUCACUUGGAAAAUAGGAGGGCAAACCAUGUUCACACUUGAUGGCCGUGCUCUUGGUCCCAACGGCAAUAUCCAAGCGCGCCAAAUCUCGCAGGAGCCAAUGUCGUUGGUUCUAAACCUCGGCAUGAGCAACUCGUGGACGUGGAUCAACUGGGCUGAGCUACUCUUCCCCACGGUACUUCGGGUGGACUAUGUCCGAUGGUACCAGAAGAAGGGGGAGAAGAUGGUGACUUGUGAUCCACCCGGUUUUGAGACGACCAAUUACAUCAAAGAGCAUAUACGCGCGUACACAGAUCCGAAUCUCACGAGAUGGGAUCAAACCGGCUACGGUUGGCCGAAGCACAAGCUAAACAGCGACUGCUAA